AUGCGGGGUCUCCGGGAGUUGUGCCUUUCAUCAAAGAAAUUGACAGCGGGCCUCCUUGCAGCAUUGGCUAACUUGAAAGACUUGAAGCAUCUCAAGCUGAUUGCGCAUGUGCUUGAAGAUUUUAUCAUUGAAGAUCAGGCAUUCCCCGGGCUGCUACACCUGUGUUUUGUCCUGCAACGUGCCACGUUACCAACAAUUGAAGAAGGAGCUUUGCCAUACCUCAUCUCACUUAAGCUAAUCUGCAAAGACCUAGUUGGUCUUGCUGACAUCGAAAUCAACCGCCUCAUAUGUCUGAAGGAAGUCAGUCUAGAUCAUAGAGUCGCUCCGGAAACAAGAGAAACCUGGGAAAAAGCUGCCAAGGAGCAUCCAAACAGGCCAAAAGUAUUGUUGGUCAACGCAGCUGAUGAAAGCGAAAGUGAGGCUGCAGACUGUUCUGUUGCUUCAAUGCCAGCUGUGAGUGAGGCUAAGGAAACUUCUCCCACAUCAGAGGUUGCUGUACAAGAGUAUGACAUUCAGAUGAAAGUUAACCAGGGGCCGCCUGCUGCUCCUGAGAAACAGAAGAAUUGUGCAGAUCAGCCAAGUUCAAAAGAUGAACGGAACCCUGCUUUCAGUAAUAUUGGUUUCCCAAAGGUCGCGCGUGGUUUAACCGAGUUGUCAAUUGCUCAGAAUGGAAAUGUGUCUUCUUACACCUAUUGA